GAAGCAGAACUGCUGAAUGCUCUAGCCUGCCCUCCCCUUGCCAUCUUAAGGAGGACCUUGACAGUCUGAGAGGAGCUGUCAGCAAGACAGUGUUACCCUGAAUAUAGAAAGACAGGAAAGGAUCCUUUGAGAAUGUCGAGCUCUCUGGUUGUGUGUGAAGUGGAGGAAAGUCUGAAAGAUAAACUGAAAAAGUUUAGAUUCCGAAAAGAGACCAACAAUGCUGCCAUACUGAUGAAAAUAGACAUGGUGAAACAACUUGUCAUCCUUGAGGAAGAAUAUGAGGACAUCUCACUGGACGAGUUGAGAGAUGAACUUCCAGAGCGGCAACCCAGAUUCAUUGUCUACAGCUACAAAUAUGUCCAUGGUGAUGGGAGAGUGUCUUACCCUCUGUGUUUCAUAUUCUCCAGUCCAAUGGGAUGUAAGCCAGAGCAGCAGAUGAUGUAUGCAGGCAGUAAGAAUCAACUGGUCCAAGCUGCAGAACUCACAAAGGUCUUUGAAACAAGAAAUGCUGAUGACUUGACAGAGGAAUGGCUGAAGAACCAGCUGGCCUUUUUUCGCUGAAUAUGCAUCUCCCAUAUCUCCAAUACUAUCAGCCUUUUUCUUUAAAUCUUCACUUGUUGUGCAUGUUACUUGUGCUAUUAAAUGAUUUACAAUACGAAA